AGACACUAGUAGCCAAGACAUUACCGUACGAAUGCCAUAAAAACGGUUUAAAACGGGUGGAAUUGGUGAAAUUAGCGGUUCUUUAUACGUGUGGCACUGAUUAUUCGUUCAAGAAAUUUUGGAUUGUUCCACCUUUUCCCAGUGUUCAUUUGUAACGCUCUCCUUUGAGCUAUCCAAAAAACCAGACUAGGCAAGCAAGUUUGCGAUCGGUGUCCUCAUUCAGAAUCUCCUUAUAAACAUAGAUUAUGAAAUCAAAAGAAGAGGAAGAAGAAGACUACGAUCUCUCUAUGUCUAUGGCGGAUGAGCCGAGCUAUACAGACCUUGCAGACGAUUCUACCUUAGAACCCCUAACCAAGCAAAUCAGCCCUGGUACGAAGCUGCGCAUAAAUGUUCGCAAAUGGUUUAAAAAUGGCAUGGCAAUGCUGGGCAAUUUCUUGUCUCUCAGUUUUUUCCUUGUUAUAAUAGUCCUGGUCGGAAUCGCAUUUGACGUUGGAGGAAAGUUUUGUGGACUGGUUUUGACACUCGCUCUGGAAGCGUAUUUUUGUUCCGUUGCUUUCUUAAAGCUUUUUGGACUUCGUAAAUUUGCCGUCAUUCUUCAUUUUCUUGAACCUUUACUCGUGCUUCAGCUUUUAAUUAUCGUUCUUAAUAUCUCUCCCAGCCUUGAACAAAAUAAAAUUGCAAACUAUGUCAUCCAUGCUUGGAAUGUGAUACUUUUACAUUGCACUCCUCUUUUUAAUUUACUAGAAGGUCUCGCAUCUUUACUUGUCAUACAAGCCCUUGGGCAUUUGGGUCGCUGGCUUGUGCAUUAUAAAUCUGAAAACUGGAUGUUCUUCAUUCUCCUAAACGCUAGUAGCGUUAUCUCUAUGAGUUUAUAUCUACUAUAUCGCGUUUCUUCUUUUACAAUCUCUAACUGUAACGCAGUCAUGAUUGGUUUUUCUUUGGCUGCUGUCACUGUCGUUUCGAUUUACGGUGUCUCUUCAGGAAGAGCUAGUCUUUCUGAGGCGUCUUUAAUGUUCUCAUACAUCGCUUACACCGUCUAUAUGGUUUGCACCGACUUUGGAAAUCCUACUACCAUUUCGACACAAAAACCAAACUUUGAUUACUUACCACCAGACGUGUUGCAGAGUGUACAUCAUUUACUUUCUUCCAUUUCUUCUAUUUUUCCAAAGACCCUUUCAAAUAUUGCUUUGUUCAUGGUUGCAGCCAUAAAGACAGUUGCACCCAGUGUAUUUGCUACUUUUGCAUAUCGUAUAACCGUUAUGUAUGCAGUGACUCGAAUUCUUCCAGCUAUACAACAAAAUAUUAUAUAUCUUGAGUAUAGUCGAACAACGAAACAAAGCUUAUGGACAGUGAUCUCGCCUUGUAUCUUGAUUGCCGUCUAUACAAAUUUGCUCCUUCAACACCUAUAUCCAGCGCCUUCGUUUAGUUCUCUUACCAAUCAAAUUCUUUGUUCAGCAGAGAUCUGGCGAUGGGUCAGCGCAAUCUUAACCAUUAUUUUAUACGCCGUUGAAUUAGCAUACAGCAAAGAGAGCAAUACGGGACAAGCUCUUGCAAGUCAUUUUAAGCUGGACUAAUGAUGCUGCGAGACCACUCAAUACCAAUAUUUAUCAUUUACGUUCGUUUCUUUGUUCCCUUUUUUUUUUUUUUUUUAAUCUAGAUAUUUUAUUAUCUUAGUCUACUUUUUUAUUUAAUUUCUACCAAUUGAGUGCUUAUUAAUUUAUAUGCUUGUAGGAACCCCACUAGGUAUCUCAAAAUAAAAGAAAAUUUGCUUACAUUUACGCCAA